AUGGCGUCUGACCGUCAUGCUGGAGAGGAUGAAUAUGUCCUGCCCUAUGCAUUUCCUAAUGAAGAAGAACGGUGCGAGGAUCUUGCUCAACUUCGAGAUCAGACCAUGAGGGUCCGUGGUUAUUAUCAAGAAGCAAAAGCCAAAUUGUCUCGGCAAGCUACUGCUGAACUUCAUGCGUACCUAAAAACGGGUGAAUGGAUUGACAAGGCAAAGCUUGCCAGCAGCCACCCUGCAUACGCGCGCUUCAUGGGGACAGGCAAAUUUAAAACACCGUCGCGUUACUACCCGCAUUUCUUUGUCAUUCAGGCAAUCUUCGAUCCCGACCCCAAAGGCAAAGGUAUCCUCAAGGCAGUGGGCAGGCUGUAUGACGAGGUGUCUAAGCACUGGGGUAUGCAGGCUACUCCGGGGGUCCCAUUCUUCCCCUACCUGCCUGAUUCUGAGCGAGAACUCCGACUACUACUGGGAAACCAUGCCAUGCUCUCUGAGCAGGUGAGAACAUCUGCUGCUCCCGUUCACUCACAUCCUGCCACAUCCCUUGUCGCAGUCGUAUCCCCGGGGCCUGCAAGACGAACCGCCGCAUCCCCAACCACCCAGGACAGCAUCGUCGCUGCUCCUCCCGGUCCUAGCACAUCUGGCCACAGCCGAUUGACCAUUACCAACCUUCCCAUCGGUAUGAGCCCCCACCUGGCCGAUAUCAAUCAGAAGUUCCUCGAGUACGACCAACGUGUCGCGGACCUCGAGCGCGAGAUCCUGGAGAAAGAACAGCAGCUCAAGGACAAAGACUUCCAGAUGAACAAUCUCGGGUACAAACAGCGAUAUGAGCAGGCUGUGGAACAACUGCUAGAGACUCGACGAGAACUUCGCGAUACGCAGCAACAAUGCCGUGAGUUCCAGAUUCUCCUGAGCAAGUACGAAGAGAAGGAGAAGCAGGCCCAUCAUCACCUCUCACAGUCUCAAUCAUUCUCCAACCAAGCGCACGAGGCCGCCCACAAGAUCCAGUGUCUUCUGACCCUCGGCCAGCAGCAAAAGAGCAAGGUCUUGAAUCUCCUAAUCGAGCCCAUCGAGGAGUUCAAUGCUACUGCUGAGAGUCCCAGUCACGCAGCCCAGAAUGGUCAACGAACCAACAAGAGAGCUCGUGAGGACUGA